AUCUGGUCCUGGAGGAGGUGGUGGCCUGUCUAAGCCUCUGCCAGGUGUGUGUGUACGCUCUCCUCCUGCUGUCCCAUGGGAGGAGGGGCCUGUCGCUUCUCUCAUUUCCCUGGCAAAUGCUGUCACCAGUUCCCCCUUCUAGUCACAAGUCCUACCGAUCUCUGCAACACAAGCAGCGAGCAGACACGGGAUCUGUCGCAGCCGUCAUGAAUCUUCUCCUAUGUGCCAUGCUCAUCAUCUCAGGCGCCAACACAGAGCUCGUUUCGGUGCCUUCCGCUGUGGACGGAGUCCUGGGCAAGUCGCUUUACAUACCAGUGGAAAAUAAAUUCAAUGAAGAUGAAGUGCAGUUCCAGGGCACCUGGUUUCAGAUCAGCCCUGAACUAAUUCAUCUGGUGACCUUCGACAACAACAGAGCGAUCCAUGACCUGGUCCUGAAGAAAACAGUGGAGCACAUCACUCCGCCCAACAUCUCUCUGAACUUCACAAGAUUGGAUGAAGCCGAUGAGGGAGAUUACAAGCUAACGAUCCACAUCAACCGCAAUGGAGUUAAUAAAUCGGAUACUGUCACCAAGAACGUGAGGAUUACAGUAAACGAGCCUCUUUCCAUCCCUGUGGUUGAGAAAAGCUCCAAAGGCACGCUUAUGGAAGACCAGGACAACGUGACUCUGACAUGUACCGUGGAAAAAGGAACGAAGCCAGAGUUUAAAUGGUUUCGAAACAACCAUCCGGUCAACCCGAGCAAACGUCAUGCGUUCUUACAGAACAACAGCAUUCUGCAAAUCAGCCCAGUGAAGAAGGAAGAUAUUGGCGAGUACAGUUGUUCGGUCAAAAACCCCAUCAGCCAUUUCCGAAGUCAGUUCAUAGAGCUUAGCGUGUACUAUGGCCCCUACAACUUGGAAGUGAACUGUGAACAGGGUCUGAAAAUCGGCGAGGUGUUCACCGUAAAUCAGGGCGAGAUGGUGUCUUUCGAUUGCCUGGCUGACUCGAACCCCCCCAACACAUGCGUAUGGAUUUCCAGACGUGACAACAACACGGAGGUUCUCAUGACCGGCCCUCGCUUCGAAGUGGCGUCUCACAAUUUGGGCCACGCUUCAAAGUUCUCGUGCCGGGCUUUUAACAACGUCACCAAAAAACAGGACGAGACUCAUUUCACGCUGGUGGUGGCCAAUCUCGGCAAAGGCAAAGAAAAUCUUGUCCAGGAGGAAUCCGCGGUGUCCUUCCUAACCCUCAUCGGGAUCUUCUCUUUACUCAUUAUCGUCUGCAUGCUGGUUCUGCUGUUAAGGAAGUCGUGCCAUGCGAAAAAAGUGUUUAUGAAAAUCUACAGCAGGCCUAUCCCUGAACAGAGAGGUUUGCAUCGCUCAGGUCAUGAGGAUGCCACUGAAGAUUUUGGCAUCUAUGAGUUUGUUUCCAUACCUGGAAAAAUGGAAUCCAGGGAGGCGUCAUGCAGAUCUCUGACACGGCUCGAUUCAUCACGAGAUUUGCAUACCACCAUCUAUGAUGUCAUCAAGCAUGUUCCUGAAACUCCCACACUGAGCCUGUUAAAGUGAGCGGCAGGUUCAAUGGAAACAACAAAACAAAAUAACAAGCAGGGUUUAUGGGAGAAGUGUUUUGCAAAGACUUUAAAAAAAAAAAAAAAGCAAUGAAAAAAAAGAAAAAACUGGCGAUGCUGGUCAAUGCCAUGGUUUCUUUAUUUCUUCCUAGCAUCACUUAAUUAUGGUUUUACUCAUUUAACAUUUGAUAAUCUACAACCCUUGAACGAAGUAGGAAUGGGAAUUCUCAUCCAAUGCUAAAUAUCCUGAGAUAUUUACUCACAACCUAUUUUCACCAGGGUCCCCGGUUUUUUUUUGUAUAUAGCCUUUCUUGGUUUUAUUGUUUUUCAUUACCGUUAUUUUCCUCUUCAUUCUCACUCAUGUUCAGCUUUAGUGGUAUUACUGGAUAUCUGAAAAGCUUCGUAAUCAUUCUGACUUAUACGUUUCCAGCUUAACUGAUACCUGAGAGUAUUUAUAUAUUUAUACAGCAAUAUCAAAUGCAGGCUAGCCACUGCUUCAUCUGUCAAGCAUGUAAAUAUAGGCAAAUGUUUUUGUUUUUUUGUUUUUUCUUCCUAAUACUGUAUUUUUUUGCACACUGCAGUGACAUUAUAUCUCUGGUAUAUGUCAUAGAAUUAUCUGUAUAUUAUAUAUUGCGAAUGCAAUUGAUUGCUAAUGUUCACAGUGUAUAAGAGGAAAAAAUGUGCUCUUUAUUUUGAAAAUAAAGAUUUAUUCAUGUUGCA